AUGGGAAGCAAGCUUCGGUGCACCGUCAUUUUGUUCGUCAGUGUUCUGGUUAUCCUGACCAACCACAGGACCAGUGCGGAGAAGGUUCUAAUGAUCCCCCCACCAGCUUUGUACAGCCACUGGCUGGUACUGGCAGAAAUCGGGCAGGCGUUGGUGGACAGGGGUCAUACCGUCACCGCGGUUCUUCCCAGUGACCUUCUGGACACACGACUAGCAGAGAGGCCUGAUUUUUCGUUUGAGACCUUUCAAGACCACGGAACCGGGGCACGAAUCAAGGAAUUUAUAGAUUAUAACGUGGCAAUGGCUGGACAAAUGUCCGUUAUCCAGACAUUCCAAUUAGGCAUCAAUGCGACCGCAACGACGACAAAACACUGUGACCUACUUCUGAGGGACAGUACCCUGGUGAGUCGCCUGAGGGCGGCACAGUACAGUGUGGUUAUUCCCGACCCCGUCUACCCCUGUGGCGCUCUGAUGGCAGCCCAUAUAGACGUCAAUCUCCCUACUGUGGCCAUCCUUCGUCAUGAUGUUCACUUUCAGGACGGUAAAGCUACAGGUGUCCCACUACCUCUGUCCUAUGUAGCAUCAUUGGAACGGAUUUCCUGA